CCAUCUAGUCACUGCCAUAGAGCUAGCCUUGCUGUUCACAUCACGACUUUUGCGACGCGGCACGGCUGGCGAGUCCCAGGACUAUUGUUGGCAAGAUGGAUGCCCUCGGUUUGAGCAGCCCAUCACGACCGAACGUACCGUGUCGUUCCCUUGAAGAAAUCCAAGGCCAACUCCACCAGCUGAUUGCUGCCACAACCACUGAAACGCGCGCCAACCAUAUCUCCCCCAGCUUUGAGCUCCUGUCGAACACCGCGCUCCACCUGACUCCCGAUUCUGAAAACACCGCGAUUGAGGGCGCAGAUCCAGAUCCAGCAGCGCCGCAACAGCAGCCCGUUGUAAGAACCGUUAUAGUUUCUGAAACCGUACAGAACCAGCCCACCGAUCAGCCAACCCUUCAGCAAGCUGUUGCGAAACACAUUUCCCGCGCUAUAGGGGCCGUUGAUGGCAGCGCAUGGACUGUCCGCCAGGUGACUAGGGGCGCACAAGGCUGGCAGUUUACAUAUAUCUGCAAGGCCUCCCUCCAAGCUUGGAAGCGUGCUAAUGCCAAACAUCCCGACCGACCUACCAUCGCAAGUUAUAGCGCGAGCGGUGGCCUUGAUCCCAUUAAUCUUUCACGUCCCGCAUUUGACUGUCGUGGGUCGCUCAAGAUUGCGUUCUCGAAAUCUACUAGGGGUAUUGUUGUCAAUUAUGAGCAUACACCACUUCACAAGACAGUCACACAAUUAGUCGACCGAUUCGUGCCCGCUCCAGUUCCCGUCCGUGUUGUCAAUAAUGCCCCCCAAAAAACACCAAAGGCCAAGCGUCCACGACCAGUGGAUGGUGAAGGGAGCAGGAAGAAAACACCCAAGACUAAAGCACCUGCCGGAGAGGGUGAAGAAAAUAGUCACAAAAAACGAACGCCGAAGGCCAAGCGUCCUCCACCGGCCGAAGGAGAAGGAAGUAGCAAGAAGCGUAGGAAGACGGGCAAAGCCGCAGGAGUCAGCCUUGGGGCCGAAGAUGGCCAGAACACAUCCCAGACCCAAGUGCAACCCAGUAGCGCAGACAGCACAGGGUUCACAGGAUUCCUGAAUGUGCCCCCAGCAGAGGCUGAGCGACGACGGCAGACUGCUAUAGAACUGCUCAGCGGAAAAGGCAUUGAUCCAGCAACGCUAUCCGCUGAGCAGUUCAAUAUCUUUGCAAAUCAAGCGCCUAACUUGCAGUCGGCCUCAUUAGAUAUGCUCGCAAAGUAUGGCGCAGAACGGCUUAGGAUUGUUCAUCCAGAUGAGAAAGGACAAGCGUCUUCGAAUACAACACCAUCAACAGAGCAGGCUACAAAUCCACCACCCGAGGCUGUGCCAGGACCCUCGGCAAGCACCGAUACACCCACCAAAAAGCCUCGAAAUAAGAAGAGAAAGUCGAAUGUGCCCCUCACUGAAGUUCCUAUAGGGAAUGGGGCUGUAGUACCACUUGAACAAGAUGGAGAGUUAGGAACUACUGCAUCAGCGCUGAAACCCAAAGCUCCUCGAGUUCCAAAAACUCGUGGUCGCUGCGAUACCUGCAAGCAGCGUAAAGUCCAGUGUACGAAAGAACAUCCUAGCUGCUCAGUCUGUCUUGAUGCUGGAGUUGAGUGCAUUUACUUGCCACCCAAGCCGCGAAGAAAGUCGGAAAAAUCCGCUGAAAUGGCUGAACAAGAAGACUCUGUCCUAGACGACAAUGAUCAUGUUCAACACGAUGCAGGAAAUCCAGCACAGAUGUCGGUGCCAGUGCCACAAGAGUCGCAUUCUACUGUAUCGCCCCAGCCGCCUCGAGACAUCGAUAACGAGGAAUUUAUCCCUGAUCCAAAUAUACUGUCUGUUGAGCAUCAGUCUGCUGCCACUGAACCUUUGAACACCGGUAACUAUUACCAACAUUCACAUAGUGAAGUCAGCUUCCCGCAAUUAUCCAGUGGUCAAGAAGUGCCAACAUCGGGAAGCACCUCAAUGCCUGAUUUUACAUAUCCUCAGGCGCAAACCAGUGAAAGUACUGCGCCGCCUGCCCCGACAGUCGUGUAUCCAUCGGCAUCGGUGCAGCAGCCGCAACAAUCAUCAGUUUCGACAUCUGUACCAUACCAAACAGAACCAAUUGCCUCAUCUAACAGGAAAAGUCUACCGACUAGCCAGUCUAAACAGACCCCGGUUCCUCCGCCGUCGAUUCCUGCACAUAGAUCCAACUGGAGCUCUUCACCAGUGAUGCAUCAUUCUGUAAGUGCGUCUCCAAAGCUGACACACCAACAGCCAGCCAAACGACCAAAAUCACGAAAAGCGAGGGCGGAACCUGAACAGCAUGGUCUUGAAAUUUCGAAACAAACGGCCUCUCAAAACAUCCAAUAUCGAUCUCCAAUGACAAGAUCACCCUAUCAAAGUGCAGCCCAAGUCAAUCCAAGACAAAGCCAUGGAUCACAAGCCAACACACCUGCAGCUACCAACUCGCGCCCUCCACCACAAGCCCCGUCUACCACUGUUCAGCAGCCAACAACCACUGCUUCUUCCUAUAACACUCCUGCGACAUCCAGCUCCAUACAGAAUUAUGAUUCGUAUCCUCCAUAUAACAACAAUAAUAGAAAUGAGCAGUACGCCGAUGCAGGCAACGACCAUAGCUCUUCCCGGCUCUCGUAUAAUUCAAGUUCAUACCCCACAACCACAGCGUCUUCAUCGUAUUCCUCCGCACCUUCUUACGAUUAUGGGCGAACCUCUGGAGCUAUGAAUCCUUUAAGUCAAGCUCUAAAUAACACUUCAUCAUACAGCAGCACUACUAGUUCCACCGCAAAUCAAUGGCCGGCGUCUCAGACGCGAGGUGCGCAAAGUAGUAACACCUCCAGCGCGUAUUCAUUACCAGCAAGUAGCACACCGUCUCAUGGUUACAGUACACGUGCUUCAGAGUCCAAACCCUCCAAUACAAACUCAUCCUACCAUCAAGGCCAGGCGCAGAGCUAUAGUACAUACCAGUCCCAGCAGCCCACUCUCCCCCAUCAAAAUCAGCAGAACUGGUAUGGUUUUACUGCCGCCAAUAGCAACAACAACCAAGCGAGCUAUACUAGUAAUCGGCAAACCGCUCACGGGAGUCACCGAUCAACUGCAGGUGGAUAUGUUAAUCAAUACGGUGGCAAUGAUGAACAGACAAUAUAUGAUCUGUUGAGGGCUGGCUCAUCUAAUCAUUAGGCAAACCUGGCAGGUGCCUAGCUGCUCGAGUUGAUUUCAGCCCUGUGAGCAAUAUGCCAUCAAUGAACGUGUUAGGUUUGACGGAGAGACGCAUUUCGCGGGCAAUUUCCGGC